UUUUUUUUUUUUUUUUUCUGAGAUUUGAGAUGGACAACUUGAUUCCGGUCAUCAACAAGCUGCAGGACGUCUUCACCACAGUCGGCGCCGAGGCCAUCCAGCUGCCGCAGAUUGCCGUGGUGGGAUCGCAGUCGAGCGGCAAGUCGUCCGUGCUGGAGAACAUUGUUGGCAAAGACUUUCUCCCGCGCGGCCACGGCAUCGUCACCCGUCGCCCGCUCAUUCUCCAGCUCGUGCACCGCAAGCCAGGCUCGCCUCGGCCUGCGCUUCCGGACGACCCGUCGUCUUCCGGCGGCCACACUGAUGAUGGCAUCGACGGCGAGGACGUCGAAGAGUGGGGCGAGUUCCUCCACGCGCCGGGCAAACGCUUCAUUUCGUUCGCCGAGAUUCGCAAGGAAAUUGAGGCAGAGACCGACCGCGUCACUGGAUCCAACAAGGGCAUCUCGUCCAAGCCCAUCAACCUGCGCAUCUACUCACCGAACGUCCUCAACCUGACGCUCGUGGAUUUGCCUGGCAUCACAAAGGUGCCUGUCGGUGACCAGCCCGAGGACAUUGAAAAGCAAAUCCGAACGCUCGUCCGCUCGUACAUUAGCAACCCGAACUGCAUCAUUCUGGCCGUCACUCCGGCGAACGUCGAUCUGGCCAACUCGGACGCACUCAAACUGGCCAAGACCAUUGAUCCUGAAGGCAACCGCACAAUCGGCGUCUGCACCAAGAUUGAUCUCAUGGACGCCGGCACCGAUGCCAUGGAUAUUCUGUCAGGACGCGUCGUGCCAGUCAAGCUCGGCUUUAUUGGCGUCGUCAACCGCUCGCAGGCAGAUAUCAACACGGCCAAGCCGAUUGCCGACUCUCUCAAGAGCGAGGAGCAGUUCUUCAAGUCACACCCUGCUUAUCAAGCCAUUGCCCACCGCUGCGGCACUGCCUACCUCUCAAAGGCGCUCAACAAGCUGCUCAUGCACCACAUUCGUGAUUGUCUCCCGGACCUCAAAACCCGCAUCAACGCCCACAUGGCCGAGGCCCAACAAGCGUACAACGCGUACGGCGAACCUCUGAUGGACAAGUUUAACAAGGGAAGCCUCAUGCUGCAAAUCAUUACCAAGUUCUGCUCCAACUACUGCGGCGCGAUCGAAGGCACGUCGCGCGACAUCCAGACCAACGAGCUGACUGGCGGUGCACGCAUCUGCUACAUUUUCCACGAAACGUUCGGUCGCACGCUCGAGAAUGUCGAUCCUUUGGAGGGCCUGACGAUUGGCGACAUUCGCACCGCCAUCCGAAACGCCACGGGCCCGCGACCUGCGCUUUUCGUCCCUGAGGUCUCGUUCGAGCUCUUGGUAAAGCGCCAAAUCCGUCGCAUGGAGGAGCCUGCGCUUCGUUGCGUAGAGCUGGUCUUUGAGGAGCUGCUGCGCAUCACACAACAGUGCGAGACUCCCGAGCUGCUCCGCUUCCAAAACCUGCGCGACCACAUUUCAGAAACUGUCACCACCUUGCUGCGCAACCGCCUCCCUGCUGCGAACGUGAUGAUUGAGAAUCUUGUCGCCAUCGAGCUCGCCUACAUUAACACCAAUCACCCCGAUUUCACCACGGGCAGCCAGGCAGUCUCCAGCAUUAUGGACAACCAGCCCUCCAACAAGAAUCGCCAUUCCUAUCACCCGUCGAUGUCGUCUGGCAACUCGAGCUUGGAAGUUCCCAAUGGCCGAGCCCGAGGGAACUCGUUCGGCUCCUCCAAUGGCGUCGAUGGCAUGUUGGCCGAGUCUGGCGAUAUCAUCACCACGAACGGAUCUCGGCCCGGCGCCUCUCGAAGCACCUCCAUGACCAUGGGCGCCAACGGCGUGCCAUUGCCGCUGCAAGCAGCCAGCGUGUCCAAUGCAGGUCAAUCUGCCCCUGCUCCGCUGUCGGCUUCGCUGCCGCCCCAAAACUCUGCCUCCUCAGGCGGCCUGUUUGGUGGCCUGUUUGGCUUCCGGCCGAACAAGCCCAAGGAAGACGGCAACACGGAGUUGGCUGAGGCGGCUCACGAUGUUGCUGCGCGUUCCGGAUCGGUGCGCGCUGGAAACGGCUUUGCAAGCAGCUCUGGCGCGGCGGGUGGUGAGAACCCUUACGCCACCGGGCGUCUCACCACCAGCUCGUCCUCUCCAGCCCAUUUCGAUGACCUGAUGCUUGAUCAUCUUCCAACUCAUCUGCGAGAAGACCGUCGCGCAUUGACAUCGCGAGAGCAGAUGGAGACUGAGCUCAUUCAAACGCUCAUCAUCAACUACUUUAAGAUUGUGCGCAAGAACAUUCAAGACACGGUGCCCAAGGCCAUCAUGCACUUUUUGGUCAACUGGAUCAAGGAGCACAUCCAAAGCGAGCUCGUCUCGCAGCUCUAUCGCGAAGACCUGUUUGAAACCAUGCUCGAAGAGUCGGUUCACAUUGCUGUCAAGCGCAAGCAAGCCGCCGAGAUGCUUUCGGCCCUCAAGCGUGCUGCCAAGGUGCUUGUUGAGAUUCGAGCGGACGCGAACGUUGUUUAAGCAAUUGUGUUUUUUUCUUUGCGUUCUUUUGAUUGAUUUUAUGGACCUUCCAGUGUGUAUUUUGCUGGAUGAGUGUGCAGAGCUGACUGUAAUGAUGUACUGUAGCUUUUUUUUUUUUUUUUCGAAAUGUCAACAUUGUCAAGUCAAUGGUUCAAAUCCCUUCC